UUGCGACAAACUCAGGGGGAAACUCUUUCUUCCCCCCCCACCACAGUCUGUGGCAAGUUUGCCAUGUCCUUUCUCUUGUACUGCCUAUGUCAGUGCUGCUGUUUGUUCCCAUCCGUGUGUCUCUUUAUAUUCUUAACCUGUCUUUUCCUCGCUAUUUGUUUGCUCGAUUCCUACGAUUUCAUACUCGUGUCACCCGAUGAAGGAGUUGUUUGAGUGAUUCUUGCUCUCCCACAUCGUGCUGGUAUAUUGACAACAGGAAUUAGCAUCGCCAAAAGAGAAUCCUAUUUCACUGACUAGAAACUGUUCGAAUGACCAAUGCCUGCCAACAAUUCCGUGAGAGGAUCGACCAACGAACAUACAUUAUACCGUGAAUAUUGAGAUGAAAUACAAGCCAUCCCUGGGAGACAGUUAUCAAAGCUGCGAUGCGUAAAUACCCCAAUCCCAUGAAUCCCAAUGUGGUAGGAGUGGAUGUGUUGGAGAGAAAUCUUGAUACUCGAGGAAGACUGCAUAGCUAUCGUCUGCUUAGCACCGAGUGGGGCCUCCCCAGCAUUGUUAUAGCUAUACUAGGUACAAGCAGGACCACAACGUAUAUUAAAGAACAUUCUGUUGUAGAUCCAGUUGAACGGACAAUGGAACUUAGUUCUUCUAAUAUAACUCUCAGUAACCUUGUAUCAGUAGAUGAAAGACUAAUGUAUCGAUCUCAUCCUGAGAAUCCAGAAAAAACCAUUUUGACCCAGGAGGCAAUAAUCACAGUGAAAGGAGUUAUCUUCAGUAGCUAUUUGGAAGGAUUAAUGGCCAACACAAUUUCUGCCAAUGCAGGAAAGGGCUGCAAAGGAGUGGAGUGUGUUCUAGGCAAGAUAAAUGUGGAAAAUGAAAUGUCUGUCCAAGGAAGCAUUAAGUCUCCAAUGGCCUCAGCAGCUGCCGAAGAUUUAUGGGUAGCUUAUUGCUGUGUCACCCUUCGACCUCUGUUUGGGGGAUUCACUUAGUCACUGACAUCCUGUCUUUUUUACGGUGCAACUCAUGUCUUUUUCCAGAGCAAAGGUUAUAAACUACAAAGUUGACUCAGAAUAUAUCAAUCAGCAUUCAAACCAUUUCAGUUUCUGAAAUGAAAACAAAAACACCAGGCAAGCCUGCGAAUGUGGGACGCCACAUUUUGCGUUUUUUUUAUAAAAAGUUGCUUUUUGUAAAGUCCUUCACUCAUGAAACCUCCAGAUCAAUAUAGAUAGAUCACUUUGAUAUUUGUUUUUUAGAAAAAUAUUACCAAAGUGGAGAUGGAGACAAUGGACAAAAAUAUACCCUUGAAUUGUGCGCGCUUGAAUUGCACUUGAUACAAUUCAUUGGACUAAUACUUGAAUGUGGAGUUGUUAGAGUUUGCCUUUUGUCUUAGACUUUGAACAAAAUUAAGUGGAUGUAUUUCAGAAUUAUGUUUACAUUGUCUUGCAACUGUAGAUCAGUAUGUUUUAUGAAUUAAGUUUUUAAAUCAGUGUGUUUAAGUUGGAAUUUAUGCUUGUAUCUUUUUGUGGAAAUCCCAUCCAGAUAGGAUGCAGGUGGCAUGGGGUCUGGCAUGAGAUCCUGAAGCAUGCAAUUAACACCUAAUCCCAAACCCAGUUUAAAAUUAUUUUUUGUACUUAAUGUGAACUUUAAUAAUUGUCACUGUGAUCGAUAAUUUACAAAUGGCCGGUUUUAAGUGGUUGUGAAAGUAUAAAGCUACUUUGUAGCAGUUACACCUCA